UAAUUCCAGGAGGUACAGAUUCGCCACCUCACCUCCCACCCUGGGGGAACACCGACUUCCUGAUCAAUGAGCUGAACACCGACACACCCGGAGCCGCUGAGGACGGCGAGUACAUCGAGCUUUGGCACCCAUCAGGCCGCAGAGUCUCCUUGCAGGGCAUCUGGAUACUGCUGUUCAGCGCGCACAACAACAAACCCUACAGGGAGAUCAGCCUGAGCGGACACUUCACCACCUCCAAAGGAUACUUUCUGCUGGGCAGCGACAGGUUGGUUCCAGCUCCGUCACUUCGCCUUCCUCCCAACACCAUCCAGAACGGACCGGAUGCCGUGGCGCUCUACCGCAGUCCCUUUGGCCCACCAUCGGCGGGGCAGAGGGGCAUCCCCACUAAAGGCCUGCUGGAUGCAGUGGUGUACCGACAGAGAGGAUCCGAUCAGGAGGCCCAGGAGCUGAGUAAAGCUCUGACACCGGGACAGCUGCCACUGCUGGAAGAUCCAGAGGUUCUGCCUGGUGACGAGGCGUUGAGCCGCUGUAGAGGCCUUUACCCCUAUGACCUGUCUGCCUUUUCAGUGGCUCCCCCCACCCCUCUGAGGGAAAACAGCUGCCCCCGUCCUCCUCCAGCCCCUGAGGGCGUGGUCAUCAGCGAGGUGGCCAGCAGUCACUGGACCAAUCACAGCCAGCAGAGAGCUUUCGUGGAGCUGCAUGGGCCGCCCAUGAUGAACCUGCGGGGCCUGGUGCUGUCUGUGUUCGACCAGGAGCGAACAGGGACCGUCAUCGCACUUCCUCUGACCGGGUAUAUUGACCGGGAUGGAUUUUACAUGAUUGGGAAUGUCACUGGAGCAGAUCAGACCUUCCCGGAGGGAUCCACGGUGCCAGUGCGAGGAGCAGUGGUCCUGUGCUACGACCUGUUCAGCGUCUGCAGAGCUGGAACCGCUCUGACCAAUUCUAGCCUCAGAGACGUGCUUGUGUUCAGUGAAAACCGGCAGCUGCUGUCCUCUCUGUCCACCAGCAGAGGGAGACAAGUGAUGCCAGCUCUCAGGUCGGUGGAAGAUGGUCCAGUCUCCCUCAGCCGGUGUUCCUGCUGCGAGGUGAGGAGCUCCUCCUCCUGGACGAGCUCCUCUCCCACACCUCACAGCACCAACCUCUGUCCCAGCUCCGCCUUCUCCAGCCAGAUUGACCUUUGCCUCGGACCUCUGUCCAGCGACUGGUACGGCCAGUCAGGAGACUGCAGCGGUCUGAUUCACAGGAAGAGAGUCGCCGAGGUGGCCGACUACUUAGAGCAGAGGUGUCACUGUGGCAUUUCUGCGUUGUACCUCCAAGGGGCCAACUUCUCCUGUGUGUCUGGGUGGCUGCGAGUGUGGGGGAACAUCCAGGCGCUGUCGGACCAUCAGAAGGCCCUCAUCAUCCAGACGUCGCACAUGAACCCUUCAUCUGCUGAGACGGACGUCUGUUCGUCUCCCACCACCGGUCGGUACACAGGAGCAGCGUCUGCGUUGGGCCUUCAGAUAGGCCUGAUAGUCGCGGUUCUCCUGCUGCUGGGACUAGGAGCUGCUCUGUUCACGUAUUUCUACAGGAGGAGGCGUCCUCUGGACUAUUACACCAUGGAGCUGAGCGAACACGCAGAGGGUCUGUCAGAUCUAUAAUCCAGGGUUUUCAAUCAACGUGUUUGCAUCCGGAAGUGCAUGGGAGGACUUCAGCGACGGCGGUAAUCAGAGGCUCAGUUGACCUGUACAUAACUAAUUGUGCGGCUGUUCUGAAACGAAUGCCACCAAGUGUCCUUCUCUGUGUCUUUGGAAGAUCACUGAUGAAAAUGACUUGUGAUUGUUGGUUAGUGAAGCGGUUGCGUGCGGUGCGACACGAUAUCUCGUUGGCGCCGGCGACAUCAAAUUAGGCAACCCCCGAGAUGAUGAGGUAUUUUUCUAUGGAUGGAGAUGCAACCUUUGCCUGUGAACAGUGCUGGUUACUACUUUUAAGGGAAAGGAAGAUAUAUAGGAGGGAUUUAAAAAAAAAAAAAGAAUAAAAAUACUUGAGUCCUAAAUGGUCAUUUUUGUUGACUUGUUUAUGUUACUGCGGAUAAAGCCUUUAAAUUUUGCAAAUUUAAACAACUAUGCUUUUGAUUUAUGCGGGAAGCUCAGCUGGUACUACAGUGUUUUUAACAUCAGGCUUUAUAACCACGAUAAUAUUUGUUAAUAAUAAGCUCACAGUUAUUCUUCAGAAUGGGUCGACCUCCUGCUUUGUUUUCCGUCUAUAUGCUGUAAUCGUCCGUUUUAGACUCUUGUCACUCGAGGGGUCCUUUAAAUGUGAAUGUCUCUAACUUGUAAUGAGUGUCUGUAACCACUUGUGUAUGCUUGCUUAAAGCAAACUGUUUACAUUUUCUCGUUUAGACGAAAGUACUGUGUGACUGUUGAAGUAAUUUCUUGAAUGAAGACUGUUUUUUUGUUUUUUUUUAGAGAUGAGCGGCUGCUUGGUGUUCAGAGCUAUUAUGUGCUUCACUUGGUGUUUUUAGUGGAAGAAUCUCCUGUGCCUUUGACCUGUGUGUUAUUUGAUCAGAUGACAUUCCAGCCAUUUCUGCUGCAGGCACAAGUGUCCAUUUUAUAUACAGUCGUCCUCAAAUGUAUUCAUACCCUCCCAUUAAAGAAGGAA